ACAAAUUUAUAUUUCUCGGUGAGGAACUAAAAACCCCACAUUUUUACAAUGCUACGGAAAAACAGUAUUCUGAGAAACUUCUAUCAGCGCAUAGGCCUACAGAAAUAUGUCUUACCAGAAGAUAA